AUGGAAAUCGAAGAAAAAAAUGACGAGAUAGUGAUGAGUACUAAAGCUGACACAGUGACAAUUAACUCAUCACGAAUGAAAACGUCAACCCAAGUUGAGAAAUCUCCUAUGUAUGUUCAAAACAAUAGUAUCAAGUCAAAUUUCAAGGAAUGUUUAAAGAAUCAUGCUUCUAGCAUAGGUGGUUAUGCUAUUGAUGGCUGCUGUGAGUUUUUACCAACAAGUGAAGAAGGAAGCAUAGAGUUUUAUAAAUGUGCGGCAUGCAGUUGUCAUAGAAACUUUCAUCGGAAAGAGACAGUUGUUGUGCCCGAAGAUGUGACACCUUUGUUGUUCAAUAACCCAUGUCAGCUUUCACCUUCGACUCCUUUCAAAGCGUAUUAUCAUACAUCAAAUGAUAAUCAUCAUGUGACUGGAGCAUCAAGGGGGACUGGAACUACUUUAGCUCUACCUUCAUCUGAUGGAGCCCACAUCUCGAGGGGGGGUAAUGAAGAAAAUGUUCAUGUUCAUCAUGUUUUAGAGCAUAUCCAAGGUUGUGGAGAAGGUUCGUCGAAUUCGAAGAAGAGGUUCAGGACGAAGUUCACUACCAAACAAAAGGAGAUGAUGAUGGAUUUUGCUAUAACAUUGGGUUGGAAGAUCCAAAAGAAAGAUGGGAAUAUUGUUGAGGAGUUUUGUAAGCAAAUUGGGGUGCAGCGUCAUGUAUUUAACAUUUGGAUACAUAACAACAAGCAUACCUUGGGUAAAAUGCCCUAG